AUCACAAUUAGUUAAUUGUGUUGACCGAAAGGUAAACCUAUUAGAGUCCAGAAAGAAAAAAAAGAAGUAAAAAACUUUAGAUUUCCAAAAGUUAACCAAUUGUCUUUUCCUUUGUUACUAAAAUUGAAGUUAAUUCCAAAAUGUCCACUCAAGUGAUUAACGAAAAUUUGGAUGAUCUUAAAAAUGCCGAUAAUUAUACCGGAAUGUGGAAAGACCUCUGGUCAGCUCGAGAUACUGCUUGGCAUUUGACCCAUCGAAAUCCAACAUUGGUCAAGUACGAACAUCUUUUACUCGAUGGACGAAAAGGAUCUCGUAUGCUUUUCCCAAUGUGCGGUAAAGUGAUCGACAUGAAAUACUUCUGGGAACAAGGCUACGAAGUCUAUGGUGCUGAUUGUGCUGCCGAAGCUGCUCAAGAUUUUUUCAAAGAACAGCAACUCGAAUAUACUUGUGAAGAUUUAGAUGAGAAAUCUCGUCUCUACUCGGUGGCCGAUAAACGUCUCAAUAUUGUCCAAACAAACUUCUUGACCCUCGAUAAUCCAUUGAUCAAUAAUACUAUCGAAUGUGUUUGGGAUCGUGGUGCAUUUGGAACUAUCACCGAAGAAGAGCAAAAACUUUACAUCCAAACAAUGAAACGACUUUUGGCUCCAAACUUCCGUUAUCUUCUAUUGGUAACUGAAUUUGACGAUAAAUUGUGGACUGGAGUUCCAUUCAGUCAACCAGAGGAAAAGGUUCGCCAAUAUUUUGGUGAUUUCUGUGAAAUUGAAAAGCUCGACAGCAAAAUUCCCGAUCAUGUUGGUCUCUAUCAAAAGCACAUGCAAACACCUCUUGAAGUAAAGGAAACAACUUAUCUCCUCAAACCAAAGCAAAGAGGUCAAGCCUAAAGAUGAAUCAAUUGACCAGUAAUCGAUCCAUGGGAUAAGUUAUAAUUCCUAUGAUGGGAGAAAUAAACGAUUUUCACCAAAGAAAAGGUUGACAUUUGAUGUAAACAAUUAGUAGAAAACUAGAUUGAAAUUCACUAAUUUGACAAUUAAAAUAUAUUCACACCAUAGAAAUUUA